AUGCUCUCACGUGUUGCUGCAGUGAAGGCACCCCGCACACACAACCGUCGCCGCGUGACCGGAUCCAGCGGGAGGAGGAGGGAAGGAAGAGAGAGUGAGCCGCAGAGGCCCAACAUGUCGCGGCAUCUCUUCUACUCUGCGGUGCUGCUCCUUCUCUUCGUCGUGAUGAUGUGCUGCGGCAGUGGUGUGGCUGAGCAAGCUCCGGAGCAGCCAUCGCAAAAAAAGUUUAAAUGGAAGGACAUCAAGGGUGAGGGUGGUGGUGUAACUGUGGAAUCGUUGGGUGCUCCCGGUCUUCUAAAAGUGGGAAGUGACGUAUUUGCCGUCGCCGAGGCGCAGUGCAAAAAGAACAGUGAAAGCGUCACCGUUACUGGCAUUGCUUCCCAAAUUAUCACUACACAAACUGCUAACACACCAGUGGAAGUGCUAAAUGGAGCCGAAGAUAAGACACAAUUUCUGGAGGAAGAAGGUUCCGCAGACCCAAAGAAAGUGGAUGUGAGCCGACCAACAACAGUUGUGAAAGGAAAUGAUAUUUACAUGCUUGUUGGGAAAUACAGCCAGACAGCUGUUGUUGGUCCUCCGAAGAAUGGUGCCGAGAACUGGGGAUUCUUGCUGGUGAAAGGGAACGUCAGUGAAGAAAGUGGCAAAAGAAUCCAAUGGAAUGAGAACCAGCGACUGGUCGGCACCUUUUCUGCUGAUGAACACAAAUGCUUGACGCAGCUGAUUGGCAGCGGUGGAUCGGGUGUUCGGAUGGAGGACGGUACGAUUUUGUUCCCAGUGGAAGGCACGAAGAAGAAGGGUGACGCACAAAAAGAUGAAAAGACCGUUUCGCUGCUCAUAUACACUUCGGAGGAUAACGCUGCAAAUUGGAAGUUAUCGAAGGAGGUUACUGACGGUGGCUGCGGUGAUCCCUCCGUCGUGGAGUGGGGAGAGAAGGAGGACAAAAAACUCAUGAUGAUGACUGCGUGUGAUGAUGGCCGCCGCAGGGUGUACGAGUCCGGUGACAAGGGGGAGUCGUGGACGGAGGCACUCGGGACACUCUCGCGCGUGUGGGGCAACAAACAGGACGGAGAAGCGAAGGCCGUUAGAAGCGGGUUCAUCACAGCGACGAUUGGCGAUGAUGAUAAGAAAAAUGUGAUGCUCGUCACUCUGCCGGUGUAUCCCGAGAAGGCUGAUACAGGAGGCAAUGGAAAGGGCGUACUCCAUCUUUGGCUGACGGACAAUGCGCACAUUGUUGAUAUUGGGCCGGUAUCCGAUGAUGACGCUGCCGCCAGCUCCCUGUUGUACAAAAGUGCUGGAAGUGGAGACAAGAAGAAGGAGGAGUUGAUUGCACUGUACGAGAAGAAGAAGGGCGAUGGAAAAAAACCAUCACACAGUCUUUGGUCUGUGCUUCUGACUGAGCAGCUGCAGCGGGUGAAGGAUGCGCUGGCGACGUGGAAGAAAGCGGACGACACUGUCUCCAAGCUGUGCCCCUCAAGUGCUGAGGAGGAUGCCUUAACUGGCGAUGCCUGCAGCCCUACUGUUAAGAUCACGGAUGGGCUGGUUGGCUUUCUGUCCGGCAACUUCUCUAAUAAGACAUGGAGGGACGAGUACCUCGGGGUGAACGCCACAGUGAAGAACAAUGGUGAUGGGGAGACAGGGGCAACAAAGACUUCCGAUGGUGUGAAGUUCCAGGGGGCGUGGGCGGAGUGGCCCGUUGGCAGUCAGGGGGAGAAUCAGCUGUACCACUUUGCGAACUACAACUUCACUCUUGUGGCGACGGUGUCCAUCGACGGUGUGCCGACGAGUGGCAGCGUCCCUUUGAUGGGUGUGAAGAUGAAUGACAGCGGGAAGACUGUACUCCUGGGACUGUCGUACAACGGCGGAGGUAAGUGGGAGUUGUCUUGCGGUGACGAAACGCCUAAGGAGCUUAAGAGCGCUUUGGAGCCAGGGAAAACACGCCAAUUGGCCAUUGUGCUACGGAACGGCACCCAAGGCUCCGUGUAUGUCGAUGGUGAGCGUGUGUGUAUGGGUGAGCAACGUGAAAUGAGGGACGCAGAAUUGAAAGAGAUCUCCCACUUCUACAUUGGAGGGGAUGAAGAAAACGCAGACAGCAAAGACGUUUCUGUGACUGUGACGAACGUCCUGCUGUACAACCGCCCGUUGGAUGACACUGAGAUCGCCACCCUCAACCCGAAUAAAGCCCCUACUCCAUCUCAGGUGAAUGAGCCUUCUCAGGGAACCGCGAUUCAGCCUCCUGGUGGCCAAGGAAAGGAGGAACAGAGACAGUUGUUGGGGAGCAAUGGUGUGAACGGUGUAUCCGCAUCAACAGUGUCCAGUGCCACGACUUCCUCAGGAGAAGAGGGGCCUGCAACCCCGUUGGCGUCAGAAGAAUCUUUCGAUGGAAUUAAAAAUGUGGAUGGCGGUUCUUUUUCUGAUGGCGACCCAACGGUGGAGACGGCGGAAGGAACGGAUGGGCAGAAGGAGGAGAUCCAUCCACAGAACGGGGAAGUGAAUGCUGCAGCACUCAGCAGCAGCCUCGGAAAUGUCUCGCAGGGGAAUAACAGCGAUGCCGGCACUGUGUGCGGGAGCGGACUGCUGCCACUUCUUCUUGUUCUGUUGGGACUGUGGGGGUUUGCGACUCUGUGA